CUAUGAUUUUAAUGUUUAUUCCUCUAUCUCUAUCUGCAUUUCCAGUUCUGAAGCCUUCAAUCCGCAUACCUUCGGCCGUGUCUUGAGAAUAAAGAAACCAGACGUGAUUUAAAAUGUUUGUAAAAAAGUUCAUUUUUAGACAUUUAGGUUCAAUGUUAUGACAGCAUUUUGACCUAUCCCAAACGGAGUGGGUCCAUCACCAAUCAAUACUAAUCAAUACUGUAUUUAAUCUUAAUCCUACCUGUAACCUCACUAGUUACAAUAGUUGUGAAACUCAUCUAGACAUGAAAAUGUGCCUGUAGACUACGGUAAGAAUUUUCGUUUUAGUUCCAAAGCUUCAUUUGAAGUAUUUAGCAUCAACCGAGGCAGAAAAUGUUGCACACGUUUUUUGGUUGAGAGAGCACCUAUGUAUCCAUUGAAAGGCGGUGAUCCGAAAAGACAAGGGGGGACAAAUAAAAAUCGAUUUUAAGCGACCCCCUCUGUCCUUUUCUCACAAUUCAGAGACCAGUUCUUCCGAGACAAAGGUCGAUUUGGGAUUUUUUUCCUUGAAAAGCACACACAUACUUCGUAUGAAUCCCUAAACAAUCUGAAAUUCAUCCAAACCCUGUUUAAAUCCUCGGUGGUAAAUGUUUUGAGAUCAUCUACAAAGUGCACGGAGAACGAAAAGUAAAGAAAUAAUCAUAGUGGAAACUUGAAAAGAUUACGUUCACUGUCUUGAUAGGGUUAGGAUAGGCGACAUCUGUGACCCUAAAGUUCAAAUCAAACUGUCAGAAGAAAGAAAUUACAUUCUGAAAAAAAGAUCAGCAGCUGUAAUAAUGACGGUAUUUUAGGACGGGUGGUUUUGGGGUAUUAGUAAAUGGGUACUAUGUCUCAACAUGAAUAAUUUGUCGGUUUAACACAUGCACGCAUCAUAUCUAUAAUAACUACAGACUGUAUCAAUAUGUUUUCUGCUGCGGAAUCCGUGCAUCGGGCUUGUAUUGUACAUUUAGCAAUAAAAUUAAUUAAACUAUUAAGCCUGUACUGUAAAAUUAACUUAUAUCCAAAGCAUUUAAAUGGAAGCAAAGACAAGCUUAUUCGAUCACCGGUUAAUUUUAAUUCCGUGAGAUUUUCCAAUACAUCAAAGCUUAAAGACUCGCGUUGUCAGAUCAGUCGCGAAUUCCAUUGUUUGCUUUGACAAAUAUGUAUAUACAGAUGCUUAUUAAAAUGCUUUAACUCCGUAUUUUUUAAUCCAUACCGCUGUUUUUUUAAGUGUUGUGCCUAAAGGCAAUGAAAGUGUUCUCGGUGUCACGGAGCCAGAGUUUGCUUUGCCUAAAAGGAGCAAACGGAAGCGUACAAAUCACUUCAAUGGCUGCGAUGAAUGACUUUUUUCCUCGCUAAUGCGGGGGUUUAUAAAUUCAUAAAACUAAGUUUAUACGACGGCGACAGAAAGACAGGUGUCUAUAUCUGCAUUCCCUCCCUCUCACCCAGCCCACACAAUGCAGUAGGGUGUACUAGCGCGUCUGCCUUCUGUGGAACAGAAAAGACAGGCAGAAGCACCCUAAAGGCGUCAGGAAAAUUCCCCAAAGGCGUGAAUUAACCUUCAGAUUUUGUUUUUCUUAAGAAAAUCCUCUGAAAGUUUUCCCGUCUUUUUUCAAAUGUUGCGAGUGAAGAUCUGGCCAAAGAAAAGUGAAAGUUAAAACACAAAUCGAAAUCACUCCCUAUUCGGUUGUUAAUAUUAAUGUACUUUUUGCUUCUCCUUCAAAGGUUGCAGCCUACUUUUUAUCAGUUUGCAUAAUCGCUUAAAUAAACAUUAAGAAGUGUUUUUGUGUGUAUUCAAUAGAGAAAAAAAAACCGUCAGGUGGGAAGACAACGUUGACUCUACUGCCAAAACAGAAGACUUCUUGGUCUUUCUUUCCUGGGUAAUAUUAAAGGCGAAGAUGCAACACGCAGAAGAUGAGCACAGAAAACUUGCCUUUGCGGUUCAAAGGGGACGGAUGCCGCCCACACAGCCACACCACGGUCAGUUCGCCUUGACAAAUGGGGACCCUCUGCACUGCCAUUCCUACUUAUCCGGAUAUAUCUCUCUUCUUCUGAGAGCGGAGCCCUACCCGACCUCCCGGUAUGGCAGUCAGUGCAUGCAGCCCAACAACAUCAUGGGCAUCGAAAACAUUUGUGAACUGGCUGCCAGGAUGCUGUUCAGCGCCGUGGAGUGGGCUAGGAAUAUCCCUUUCUUUCCAGACCUCCAGAUAACGGACCAGGUGGCCCUGCUGAGGUUAACCUGGAGCGAGUUAUUUGUGCUUAACGCUGCCCAGUGCUCAAUGCCUCUCCAUGUGGCUCCACUGCUGGCGGCGGCUGGCCUGCACGCCUCGCCAAUGUCUGCGGACAGAGUUGUCGCCUUCAUGGACCACAUUCGGAUCUUCCAAGAACAAGUGGAGAAACUCAAAGCGUUGCAUGUUGACUCUGCUGAAUACAGUUGCUUAAAGGCCAUUGUGCUUUUCACUUCAGAUGCUUGUGGUCUCUCAGAUGUGGCCCAUGUGGAAAGUUUGCAGGAAAAGUCCCAGUGUGCUUUGGAAGAAUACGUUAGGAGCCAAUACCCUAACCAACCAACUCGGUUCGGGAAGCUUUUACUGCGCCUGCCUUCUCUUCGCACAGUUUCAUCUUCAGUCAUAGAGCAAUUAUUUUUCGUCCGUUUGGUAGGUAAAACGCCAAUUGAGACCCUCAUCAGGGAUAUGUUGCUAUCUGGAAGCAGUUUUAACUGGCCCUACAUGUCCAUUCAAUAAACCUAGACGGGCGAAAGAAGGAAAGGGCAAACUUGAGACUCCAAUAGGUAGCGCUUCUUCUGCUGAAAGGGGCAUCGUCUGUUACACGAGUUUACUUUAAGGAAGAGGCGUUUAAGAGAAUAAAGGACUGUGAAUAUAAAAAGGACGUUCAGCGAACUUUCGAAUGCAUUUUAAGAACUCCUGUGUCGUUCUGAACAACUUGCUACUUAUCAUUCUUUGUAAAAAAAAAAGGAUUUUUUUUUCUUUUUGGUAAACUUUUGAGGAAAAAAAGAAACUAUAUAAAAGUGCAUUUAAAAGGAGAAUUUGGAGAAAAUUAGGAGAAAAGGAAAAAAAAAGUAAGUUUUCUUUUCCAAAUUAUUAUAAAUUGUCCUGUGUCCAUGUAUCUAUAGCUGUUUUUGUAUUUUUUUUUCUUCUGGUUCCAAACCGGCUUAUUACGUGGUUCUGUAGUAUACAGUUUUUGAUAUAACCAUGGCUUCUUAUCAAACAGAGAAACUACUAUCAUAUAAAAUGUUCUGCAAGAAUUAAAACUAAAUUCAUGUCAACGUAGAGGGGGAACACUAAUUUUAUACAAUUCAGAAUGAUGGAAGCGCACUUACUGUAAGGGUGACCCAGACGUUUUCGGGGGCUGGUGUGACGUUGGGCUUUCAGUUUUAACCCUGUUUAGUGACCAGAAAACUUCAUUCGACUAACCUGUAGGACAGUAUGAAAAGUUGGGGAUUCCUCGUUAAUAUUGCGGCAAAGUCUUGUGUCCAAGACACGUUACAAUUCUAAGUGACAAACAGGCUAUUAAAUUAGUUAUACUGCUCUGCGUUUCCCAUGUCGUGUAUCUUAAAGGAACUUUUGCAUGUCUCCUUGUAAGGCGUUUGUGGUAUAUAUUCUUUAUAUAGCCCCCUUUGAAAAAUGUUUCCAUUGGAUUAGAUAUUAUGUUGGCACUUGAGGUUAAUGUGGAAAAAUCCUAGGAUUUAAACAAUAUGUUUAUAAGCCCAGAGAUUUUUUUUUUUAAAUCAUGAGGUGUAUCCUGUAGAAAUUUUUAAAUAUUUGAAAUGUUGGAGUUGAGUCAAAUUCCAAGAACAUAAAAUGAAAGUAUAUGGGAAUUCAAAUAUUAAUUGCUGGGUGGAACAUGUUAGGGUUUACAUGUGUAUUUGAAUCAAUCCCUCGUUCAAUUGGUAUGCCCUUAGGUUUCUUAUCUGCCUUGCCAUAGUGAUAUACGAAAAUAUUUAGAAUUUCACAAAUAAUAGCGGAGCGGGGGUGCCGUUUAAAUAUUAGUUUAAAAGGAAAAGCUUAAGCAGUAUUAUAGAAAUACCUGAAAUUGUUCAAAUUGUGUUAUCUUUACAAAUGCCCUUAUAUGUCAAACAUUAAGUGCCUGUAAAGAGGAAAAGAUUAAUCUCUUACGAAAUGAGAAUUAAGUGUUGGAAUCCUUCGGAACACAAGUUCGGAACGUCAAUUGUCUAUUUUACACACAAAAGACACAAGCAGUUAGCAGCAGUAUUGUUGUAAAUAUAGGUCAGUUCUUUUCAAUGAGAUUUCCUUUAUACAAAGUAUAUGUGAUUAAGAAAACAAAUCUGUGGUUGCCAUUUUUUUUUGUAAUUCAAAAUGUCUUCAAAUUGAGUGACAGACUUAGCUAGUAGCACUGAAGGUUCUGUUUUUAAUGUAUAUAAAUAUUACGGAAAAAUAAUUUGAUUUUUUUAUAUAUAUAUUUAGACUGUGAACGCAUGGCCACAGGUCGCUAACCUAUUUUACAUUUGGUAUAUAUAAAUGUAAAUGUUUUUGAUUGUAUAGAUAUAAUCUGUGCAUUCAGUACAAUAGCCCUUGUAUUUAAAAAAAUAAAAAAAGAAAAAAAAACAAAAAAGGUUAAAUAAUAAGACUUAACAGGGUGAGCUGGUUUGGAAGAGGGUAGUUAUUUUGUUUUUGUGUUUUGCUCCUUUUUCGGUCUGUGGCAGAUGCCGUGUAUGUUUGAAAGCUUGCAAUUUUGUCCUUGUGUGAGGUUUUUCAACGCCACACGCGACACCAUGUUGUGGAUAAAAAGGGAUCAUCUUUGUAUAGCUGGUUGAACAGUGAUCUUUGGCUGUUUAAAUGCCACAUAUGGACCAGAGAAUGAUACAUGAUUGUAAUUAUGAACAGUUUAAACAACUGACCCACGUUUUUAUAUAUAAAUAUAUAUAAAAAUAUAUUACUGCAGGGUAUUGAUAACGUAUAGAUACUUUUUUUAUUAUUAAUUGCAAGUGAUAUACGUGAGUGUGUGUGGAAGUUUAUAGUUGAAAACAAUUCUUGUUUGUUUGUGUUAGCUUAUUGUAAACAAGCAUUCUGUUGUAAAUUUGUUCUUGGUAUUAAAUUAUAAUUUAUGAAUUUGAAA